AUGUCUAGACAACCCCGCCCCCAGGGAGCGUCUACGCAGCCGACCGCGACUCGGCAAAACGAAUACUUCGUGCCGCGCGAUGGCAUCGAUCGUGAGGUCAUCUCGGCCGAUAUCUGCCGCUACCUGGGCAAUGAUGCCUUGGUGCGGCCUGGGCAUUACGAGGCUCACAUUCUUCUCCAGGCUAUGAUUGAAGACUUGAAAGCCGAUUCGGCGCGCUGGGAUAGUGAAAGGCGUGCGCAAACUUCGCGCAAUACCCCUGGAGGUAUCCAUGCCUCGAGAGAUGCCACUGGCGUUCCUGCGAGACCCUCAUCUAACUCACCAGCAGUCCAAUACCGCUACUCCGAGACUCACCAGUCCCGGCAACAUCAUGGGCCUACCGAGCCCCCUUCUUUCCAGCCGGAGCCGUAUCCCCGGGAAACCUAUGAUGCACCGAGAUACCCUGGAACUGGCGCUCCUGGAUAUACCGGUGCUUCUAACACAUACCAGCAACAGCCCCCACAACAGCCCUUUGGCGCCUCAAACGGCAGUGGCUUUAGUGCCGGUUUCCCGCAGCCUCAACAGUCGCCGCCUCCGGACCCAAGGUACACUACUGCCCAGCCCGGAUCAAUGAUGCGUCCAGGCUAUCAACCGAACCAGGAUCCUCCAUAUAUUGGCACUGGUGCCAAUUUGCCCCAAGCCGGUUAUCCAGUCUCCAAUGAUCCUUAUUCAAGCCGGAUGGGAACUUCUGCUGCCGCCCCUCAGCAGCCAGUUUAUUCCACAGCACCACCGCCUCAACCUGGAUACCCAGCUCCCCAAUAUCAGUAUCAGGGCCAGGCUCCUCCUCCUUCCACCGCCGGUGGCCACUCGUACCCGGCUAUGCAACCCCAUGACCCGUUCUAUGGUCGAGGUGCGUCAAAGCAGAGAUCAUGCGAGCCCAGCUCGCCAAAAAGGCCCCGCGUCUAA